ACUGAAAAAGAAAAUAGAAAAUGAAACUACCCCUAAAGUGGAAGUUAUUUCUUUGUGCAUUCUUAAUUAGCUGUGGUGACUGUCUCAGCCAUGACUAUAUAAAGUAGAUGGUCGUGGCUCCUUCCAGAACCCCAGACAACCAGAGGAAGUGACUGCCAGCUCACAGCCCUUGACAGAAUCUCUUCAAUGGAGCCCUGUUGGCAAAUCCUCAAAGAAUUCCACAUAGAUGAAGAUGUUGGCUUUGCUCUUCCAAAUCCACUGGAGGAGCUGCCCAGUGAUUAUGAUCCAUGGAUGGUCAUUGCCAGAAAUAUACCUGAAUUGAUUAAAACCAGACAGCUUCGAGCGGAAGUUGAGAAGGUGCCAUUACUCGGCAUUGACCAACUCAAGGAGCACAGGCAACAGCGUCUUGGCCGUCUAGCCCUGGGGUACAUCACCAUGGCCUACGUGUGGGACCAAGGGGAUGGAGACAUCCGAAAGGUCUUGCCAAGAAAUAUUGCCGUUCCUUACUGCCAACUCUCUGAAAAGCUGGGACUGCCUCCUAUUCUCGUAUAUGCAGACUGUGUCUUGGCAAACUGGAAGAAAAAGGAUCCCAGCGGACCCAUGACCUACGAAAACAUGGACAUCUUGUUCCACUUUCCUGGUGGAGAAUGCAGUAAAGGAUUUUUCCUGAUUUCCCUAUUGGUGGAACUAGCUGCUGCUUCUGCAAUUAAGAUAAUUCCUGUUUUGUUCAGCGCUGUGCAACAACAGAAGCAGGAUUCUUUGCAGAAGGCACUUGAGGAUAUCAGUGGCUGCCUGAAGAAAGCCCUUAAAGUGUUUGAGCAAAUCCACGAACAUGUGGAUCCAAAGUUAUUCUUCAAUGUUCUUCGCAUAUAUUUGUCUGGUUGGAAUGACAACUCCCAGCUGCCAGAAGGUCUGCUCUAUGAAGGGGUCUGGGACACCCCAAGGAAGUGUGCUGGGGGUAGUGCGGCCCAAAGCAGCAUCUUCCAGUGCUUUGACGUUCUGCUGAGCAUUCGACAGAGUGAUGGUGGAGAAUCUGCCGCUGCAUUCCUGCAGGAGAUGAGGACAUACAUGCCACCAGCUCACCGAGGCUUUUUGGGAUCGCUGGAGGCAGCUCCAUCCAUCCGGGAGUUUGUCCUUUCCAAAAAGGAUGCGGGCCUAAGGGAAGCAUAUGACAAGUGUGUGAAGGCACUGGUUGAUCUCAGGAACUAUCACCUGCAAAUAGUCACCAAGUACAUUGUGAUUCCUGCACGUCAGAAGAGCGGGAAAAAUGGAAAGGCAGAAGAACCCUCGGAGCUGGAAAACCAAGGAACCGGGGGCACAGAUGUCAUGAAUUUCCUGAAGACUGUUAGAGGAACAACUGAGAAAUCCCUUCUGAAGGAAGGUUGAGGCAGUCUGAGCAGAAGCAUAAAUUAGGAAGACUUUAUAGGUUCCACAAGCUCCCAUCACAGCUCAUGCUAUCAGAUUCAUGAAUUAACAAUAUCAAAACACUCCAUCAAGUAUCACUCU